ACGACGUGACAGCUUCCGGCUCUCUGAGGCCGCCUGGGGCGGCGCACAAGUCGAUUUUCGCAGGUGUUCGGUCUAUGGAGUCAGUUGAUGCCGGCGGCUGCGCUGAGGCAGGAGGUGGUAUCCGAGUGGGUGCCUCUGCCCCGCCAGGAUGUUACCGGGCUUGGCCGCCGCCGUUGCGGCCCACAGAUGUAGCUGGUCCUCUCUGUGCCGGCUGCGUCUGCGCUGCAGGGCGGCGGCCCGCGGCUCCAGCCACCGCCACGAAUGGCAGAAUUUAGUGACAUAUGGAAGCUUUUCAAACUUGGUUCCCUGUAGUCACCCAUACAUCAGUACACAGAGACAAGUAAAGUACUCCACAGACGUUCACAAAGGAGGGCAGGGAUCACAAACUCUCAGAGUAGAAAAAGUACCAUCAAUUGAUGAAACAGCAGAAAAUAUAGGUGCAGAACUCAAAGCUCCUCUUACGAAACAAGCUCUCCAAGUAAGAGUCAAAGCCGUCCUUAAAAAGAGAGAGUAUGGACCAAAGUACACUCAGAAUAAUUUCAUCACUGGUGUCAGAGCAAUAAAUGAGUUCUGCCUUAAAUCCAGUGACCUAGAACAACUUCGAAAAAUCAGACGACGAAGUCCUCAUGAAGAUACUGAGUCAUUUACUGUAUAUUUGAGAUCAGAUGUGGAGGCAAAAUCUUUGGAAGUUUGGGGAAGCCUUGAAGCUCUUGCCAGAGAAAAAAAACUGCGUAAAGAAGCAGAAAUAGAAUACAGAGAAAGACUAUUUAGAAACCAAAAAAUACUGAGGGAAUAUGGAGACUUUCUGGGAAACACCAAGCCACGCUCCAGAACUACAUCAGUUUUUUUUAAGGGCCCAGGUAAAGUGGUAAUGGUUGCCAUUUGCAUCAAUGGAUUAAACUGCUUCUUUAAAUUCCUUGCCUGGAUUUAUACGGGUUCAGCGAGUAUGUUUUCUGAAGCUAUACACUCUCUAUCUGAUACUUGUAAUCAGGGUUUACUAGCAGUGGGCAUCAGCAAGUCUGUUCAAACACCAGAUCCUACUCAUCCGUAUGGAUUUUCAAAUAUGCGUUACAUUGCUUCACUAAUUAGUGGAGUUGGUAUUUUCAUGAUGGGUGCAGGAUUAUCUUGGUACCACGGAAUCAUGGGAUUGCUUAAUCCUCAGCCAAUAGAAUCUCUUCUAUGGGCAUAUUGUAUUUUAGCAGGAUCAUUGGUAUCUGAAGGAGCAACUCUUCUUGUUGCUUUAAAUGAACUUCGUAGGAGUGCUCGAGCUAAAGGAAUGUCAUUUUACAAGUAUGUAAUAGAAAGUCGUGAUCCUAGUACAAAUGUUAUAUUAUUGGAGGAUACUGCAGCAGUCUUGGGAGUGACAAUAGCAGCCACUUGUAUGGGCCUUACAUCUUUGACAGGCAAUCCACUGUAUGACAGUCUAGGUUCUUUGGGUGUAGGCACCUUGUUAGGUGUGGUCUCAGCAUUCCUCAUCUAUACUAAUACAGAAGCACUCUUAGGGCGAUCCAUCCAGCCAGAACAAGUACAGCGGCUUACUGAACUUCUGGAGAACGACCCAUCAGUAAGGGCAAUUCAUGAUGUUAAAGCCACAGAUCUGGGAUUAGGUAAAGUAAGAUUUAAGGCUGAAGUAGAUUUUGAUGGACGAGUUGUUACAAGAUCAUAUUUGGAAAAACAAGAUUUUGACCAAAUGCUUCAAGAAAUCCAAGAAGUGAAAACUCCAGAAGAACUAGAGACCUUUAUGCUUAAACAUGGAGAGAAUAUUAUUGAUACUCUAGGAGCUGAAGUAGAUAGACUUGAGAAAGAGCUGAAAAAACGAAACCCUGAAGUUCGACAUGUAGAUUUGGAGAUAUUAUAGAUGUGAUGGAAUGAAUCAUCUUGGAGGGAAUCUUGGAAACAAGCUUGUCAAGCCUGCUCUUGCACCCUGAAGGAGUCAUUGCCAUUCAGAAGCCAUUUUCUUAGGAUGAAGAAAUACUUUAUGUAAAGGGCAUUUCAAAAGUCCACAGAAUUAAAAUGACUGCAUAUUUCCAUGAGAUAGUAUGAGUUGAAUUAAUUUUAAAAUCAUGGUUUUUCUCUUUUUGUUUUAGUAGGAGACAUUUACUUAAAUUUUUCAUAAUUUCUCAUUUUAGCCUGUCAAGAAGUAUUGGGGUCCUUGCAAUCAUGUUCUUUUCUUGGUAAAAAUAAUCAGCAGCCAUAGAUAGGAUUAUGAUUUUUAAUUUUGUAGCUACUUAAGACUUCACUCCAUCAAACCCUGCCAAUCUUGAAUAUUCUAGCUAUAUCAAGUUUGUCUUUCUUUAUUAAAUAUAGAAGUUAUUUCUGCAUAACUUGUUAUUUUGCCCUGAGCACUAAUAGGAAGACUCUUCUAACAUAGUUAUCCAUCAAUGUUCAUUCCAGAAAUGGCUUAGUUAUUGAAUUGAAGGAAGACAUUUCCUUAUACUUUUAGGUCAUAGUAGUUAUCAUUUUGUAAGGUUUCCUACCUUUUCUUUGCCUUUUCCCUUUGUUAUGCUUAACUUUUCUAAUGGUUGGAGAUAUAAAAUAACCCUUGAUGUUCUCCAUGGACCAGUGUGAUGACUGUUUUUUUUUGUUUUUUAACUGGCUUUACUGCCACAGUGUAUAUUUACUUGGAGAUAGUGCAUUUAAACAAGCAUUUAAACAUUCUGUAAAAUGGACUAGAAAUAUUUAUAAUUUUACUUACAGGACAGCAUUUUAUUUUUAAUUUAUUUUUAAAAAGGCACUACUUAUGUAAAUCUGAACUGUGGAAUAUUUCUUGCUUUAAGAGAAAGAGAAGUAAAUCUCUUAAAUGGAAACUUGUGGCCAUGAUUUUGUAUAAACCAUAGUCAAAGGUGUGUUUGUAAUAUGAGUUUCUUGCAGUUGUAAGUGGGCAUUUAGCAUAAUAUGUGGUUAUAAAAUUGUGUAAGUAGCUUUGUAAUGAUCAUAAGCUAUCAAGUUGAAACUGUCAAUCCAGUGACUGAAAAACUUAGUGAAAACCACAGCUGUGUCUCCAUUUAUCAAAACAACUUAUAAUGCACUUUAAAUUGUCAGGUAGCGGUGAGCAUUGUCCACACAAGAGUAGUGGCUGGGUGAUCUCUUUACUGGAUAAGUGAGUGCUUGACAUAAGGACAUAACUACCUGUAUGAGGUCAGUGUCUUACUUAGAUUGAAGUUUAUGGAUUACAGGAAAUUGUAAUGCUGGAAACAAAAAUAAACAUUUGAUUAAAGAAUUUGUAAUGGUAAUUUUUGAUCUAGAAAUGUCAUUUAUUGGAAAAUUAUGAAAAUUUACAUUGGUGUGCAUUAUUUUUUU